CAACCACUUUUAAACUUCUUUUUACAAAGUUUAUUAGAACCCUAAAGUUUAGAUCUUUCAAAAUAAAAAUUUACCAGUGGCCGUCAUUUUAUAUAUCAGCAGAACCAACAAGAUUUCACCUUCCUUAAUUCACAUUUUUCCUUUUAUCCAUGUGGCACUCUUGGAUAUAAUUGAGCUGCUUUUAUAAUUUGGCCUCCAUAAGCACAUAUUUUGCCUUAUUAAUUACCACCUCUGCAUUACCUUUUUUUUUAUCGCAAAAUUAAGGCAACAAGUUCAGUUUCAAUGUGCAGAUGGCGUUCCUCAUCUUCCAUUAGCCCCCACCUAACAAACUUUGCCAAAUAUUAUGGCAAGAAGUGGCCAAGCCAGCUGCUUCCUUUUUCUUUUUAUUUUAAAUGUUACGGUGGUUUUACCUCUUCCGGCUACAACUCUAGCAGGUCCGGCCACGGUGAUCACUGCUCCAAACCCGACGGGUUUUGCUUCUUCAAACGGGACAGCAACUCAAGGCUCCCACAAACCGGCAAUUUUUCUUCAAGAGGAAAUGUCGCUCCUCAUCUUCUGGCCACGGUGAAAGCGGGUCUUCCCCGUUCGGCGGCAGUAACAGCAGAUCCUCCUCAUCCGGCGACAACAAUAGCUCUUCCCAUCUCUACAACGGCAGCAGCAGCUUCUAGAGACUAAACGGCAGCUGGUCUUCUUUUCUCCACGCCGGCGGUGGAAGCGGCUCUUCUUUGUUCGGCGACAACAGCUCCUACCUCUCAGAAACACCACAGCGGCAGGUCCUCCACAAGCAGUGUGCCACCUCCAGCGGCCUUCACGCCCAGCAGCUCUCACACCCGGCAAUCCAUCCAGCUUCUCACCAGCAGGCGGUUCUCCUUCAACGGCGACAGCAGGUCGCUCUUCGCCAAACAGCAGCUCCACGGCGGCAGCGAUGGCGGACAACACCCCUUGGCAACGACGAAGACGGACGGCAGCUCAUUUGUCGUGUUCAGCAGCGAAGACGGUCGUUCCCAGCAGCGGCGGCCCGUCAGCUCCUCUUUUUCUGCCGGCAACUCCUCUGCUCGUCGGCUUCAACACGCUGGCGAAUGAGCCCAACGGCUCCUCCAGCUGUAGCACGCCAAUCAAACCAGCCGACUCAUCUCCAGCAGUUGCGGUGUCCCUCGCAAGCCAGCAGCGUUCCAGCGGCAGCCAUCAGCUGAACGGUGGCCGCUCUACUCCGGCGACUGCAGCAGGAUUUCCUACGGCGAUUUCGUCAUUCCCCGAUGGCGUUUUUUUCAUUGCCAAUCACGGUAUCAGGUAAAAUUCACCUAACACCAUUCAAAUUCUUGAAUUUUAGCAUGUUGUGAUUUUGACUUUGUUUGCUACUUUCUUUGUAGCUGGCGAUUUGCCAACCGGUUUGGUGGCGGAAAUUGUAGCUAUUAUGCCUGCUUUUAGCUUUAAGACACCAACUUCUAGCUUGGCGAUUCCAAAGGCAAUAACUUCUGGCUUUCCGGUAACCAAUAAUUCAAACCUUGCUUCGGCUUCUAAAGAGCCGUUGGUCCUUUAUCUUGUUGAUGGUACCUUAUUUACACCACCCUUCCAACCCAAUAUAGUGAUUAAACCUUUGCAACAAACUGUAACCCUGUCAAUGGGUUCUCCUAAGUUGGUAGCUACUACUUUCUCUGACUUCGCGGCUCAAAAGCCGGCUUUCAACUCCUUUGCUAUACCAUCCACCUCUUCUCCUCCAGGCAAAGGGUGAAGUAAAUGGCAUUGUUGACUCCAGACAUACUCCCUUUUCAAAUUUUCAGCCUUUGCAUGCCGCCAUCCGAGAGAAACAUCACUACAUGAAUUUGUAAGCCGUUUGUUCAGAAUUUGUGAAAGUGAAGUCUGUUUUCCGAUAAGAAUGAGAUAAGCUGAAGUGUAGCUUCUCUUUUCAAUUUUCCUCCAUCUCACUUGUCGCACACUGCUCAGAACUCCUCCACCAACUUUGAUAUU